CGCGUGAUGACGUCUCGUGUUCGGGCGCGUAUUUUGGGUGUUAGGUUGAAGAGAAACAAACAUAAAACAAAUAAACAAACAAACAAACAGAGUUGUCGGUAAAUAAAGCGGCGUUCAGCAGCAGCGGGGGGACAGGAUGUCCUCAGCGGGGACACGAUGGAGCAGCUGGAGCUGAACCCGAGGAUCACCGCCGCCGUCAGCAGAGUGAAUCUGAAGUCGGUCCGGGAUGUGUUGUGUGUUUCUGGUCCGGAUCUGCAGAGACUCACUGGUCUGUCCCACUCAGACGUCCAGCAGCUGCUGACCGCCGCAGCCACCGCCUGCAGACGUCACCCUCCCACCUCAGCCCUCCUCCUCCACCGCGGAGAUUGUCGCUGGUUCAAGUCUGGCCUCAGACUCAGCGUUGGGUGUCCCGUGCUGGACGAGCUGCUGCGGGGGGGUCUGCCUGUGGGGGGCAUCACCGAGCUGUCAGGAGAAAGCGGGGCGGGAAAAACCCAGCUCGCCCUGCAGCUCUGUCUGUCCGUACAGUACCCGACACAGUACAGAGGACUGGACUCAGGAGCCGUGUAUAUCUGCACAGAGGACUCGUUUCCCAUCAGACGUCUGCAGCAACUGAUCGGAGGUCAGUCCGCUCUGCGCGCCAACGUCCCCCAGUCUCUGAUCAGCAGCCGCCGCUUCAGUGACCACGUCUACAUCGAACACGCCGCCGACCUGGACUCCCUUCAGGAGUGUCUGUCCCGCCGCGUCCCCCUGCUGCUGGCUCGCGGUCAGGUGCGUCUCCUGGUGGUGGACUCGGUGGCGGCUCUGUUCAGGUCAGAGUUCCAGGCGUCUGAUUGGCUGGAGAGGAGCAAACAGCUGCUCAGCUUCUCCUCUAAACUGCAGCACCUGAGCCUGGAGUUCAGGACACCUGUCCUCUGCAUCAACCAGGUGACGGAUGUUUUCAGCAGCUCAGACGACAGUUUGGGUGUGUCUCCGCUGUCCUCCGGCGUGUCUCCGGCUCUCGGGUUGCUCUGGGCCAAUCAGGUGACAGUCCGGCUGAUGAUGCGGCGUCUCCAGGGGACGGUUGUCCGUGGCAACCAGAGCAGCGUCCUCCGCAGGCUGGAGGUGGCGUUUGCUCCUCACCUGGCUCGAGACGGGCGAGACGCCGCCGUGUGGACGGAGGGCGUCCGAGGCGUCCUUCCCGCGUGAUCUGUCCACAGGUGUAAACAUGUGAAGGGACGAAGUGACCUGAUGACACUAAAGGUUAUUGAUCUGAUGAUGUGGCUGUUUGUGUUUUUAUUGACUCGAUGACUCGUGUCACCGAGAC